GGGCAUUCUACGGAACGAGAACAUUCAGUCCAUCAGGCAUCCGAUUACAAGUGGAAUUUUGACAGUAGAAAAAAGAAGAGAAGCAGUUGAGUCUAGAAAGAGAUGUCAGAUGAAGCGACAGAAUCUACAGCUUUGCUAUCAGAAAAUCCGUACCAAAAUGCAGCAGACAAUGACAAUAGUAGUAUAAGUAGUACAGGUAAAAAGAAUAUUUCGAAAGCGUUAGGACCCAACAUGACUCCUCAGCGUACAUCACGUAUCACACAGAAGCUUAAGUUAUUACCAGACUCCUUGGAUUAUGAGUCUCCGACGAUUGAUGAAAGUAAUGCAGACGCUGCGACGAAUAAGGCGGCCGCAUUGAGACAAUAUUCAUUACAGAAGAUUAAAGAUAGAAACGCAAGGAAGGAUGCUGAACGAUUAGGAAAAAAGCAUAGGUCGAUGCUGCCCAGGGUUACUGCAUACUGCACUGCUGGUUCGUAUAGGAUGAGAGAUUUUAUUAGAUGGUUGAAAGAUAAGAGAAGGAUUCACUCCACAGCGCCAAAGUUAUUUGAUGAGUGUAUAUAUACACCCUUUACAUAUAAGGAUUGGAGACGAAAUAGUUCAUCGAGUCACAAAUCAAACGAUUCUGGAGAAUUUGAUAAGGGAUUUAAUAGAGUUAAGAAAGAAUCGAUUCGACUCGAUGACGAGGGUGGAGUGAUUGAUGUUGGGAAGAGGCAUACUGACAUUUUUAUUUUCGAGUACGGUGUUGUUGUUUUAUGGGGGUUUACUAAGCGUGAAGAGAGACUAUUUUUGUACGACUUGGCAAAGUUCGAGAAUGAGAAGCUUGCAGAUGAGGACGUUCAGAAGGAGGAGUUUAACUAUUACGUUACGCAGAGUUAUCAACCUCGGAUUUACAACGAUUUUUUCACUUUGAGGGACGAUUCGAACCACAUGUUGAAGUUGAGUAUAUCUUAUGCGAUUUCGCAGAGUGUGAAGAUAUCGUUGUUUGAGGAGUUAGUUGACAACACUAUUGAAGAUACGCAGGAUAUUCCGCAGCAAAUUUCGCAGACGGGUAAAGUGGAGAUGAGUCGGGAGGAGAUCAUGAAGAGUAUCGGAGAGUUGUUUAUUUUGCGGAUCAACAUCAACCUCCAUGGGUCUAUUUUGGACUCGCCCGAGUUGAUGUGGACGGAGCCGGAACUCGAGCCGAUCUACCAGGCGACGAGGGGGUACUUGGAGAUCAACCAGAGGGUGGCGUUGUUGAACCAACGAUUGGAGAUCAUCAGCGAUCUUUUACAGAUGUUGAAGGAGCAGUUGGGCCACAACAACGACGAGCAGUUGGAGUUGACGGUGAUUCUGUUGAUUGGGGCGGAGGUGUUGGUUUCACUCAUCAACAUUGUGGUGGACCUGUACUCGCAGCAGAAGGGCUAA